AUGAACUUGAAUGAUCUAAUCAAUGUGUCGAAGAUUCUAAUCACUUUUGAUGUCUCGAAUAUUCAAGUGAAUAACAAGGAUGAUUUCCUUAUAUGGUUCGCUCAUAUCAAGGUUUUCGUUGAUAACUACUAUGAUUUCCUAACUGUCACUGAUAUCGAGCUGGCAAUGGCUGUGAAUAGAAUUUCGAAGGUUCCACAGUCAAUGUUGAAAGGGAAGAUUGAUCUCAAAGAUUAUGUUGAUGGAAAAAGCAAGAAUGGGAAGUUGACCAAGUUUUUGUUCCAAGUUUGUGAUGUAGAGAGAGAUGCCUACAGAAUUCCUACGCAUCCUUUUACCUACGCAUUUGCUACGCUUCCCAAAAUACAAUUUCCCGCCACUCUAAUCGUUAAUCGUGGAGUCAUCCAUUACUUACUCAAACAAAACCCUACGCCUAACACCGAUGAUUUCCGACCUUGCUGUAACACUCCCGGUGACGAUUCCCGACCAAUACCUACAUCGUCGACAAUUUCAGGUUUGCCCUACAGCCGUUGCUGUCGCACUCCAUCACCGGCACUGUCCCAAACCACCACCGUCGCUGCCCCACACUCCCAUCGUCGAGACCUGCAGGUACAUGAGUUGCGACAACAAGUGUCAAACAUGCAACAAACCAUGGAUGAAAAGCAAAGUGAAAUGAAUUUGCAAAUGCAACAAAUGCGAAAUGAUAUGGAAUUGCAAGUGCAACGACAAUUGGCGGCCUUUAUAAAACAAAUCAAUCCAUCCAUUAAUCCACCAAGUAGCUCUUACUUUUUGUUUUAGAACACUAAAUUAAUGUUAUGUUAAUGACUAGUUCGUAGCUUUUGUCAUGGUAUUGUAAUGAUAUUUGAAUGUAUGAAUGGUAUGUUAGUGACUAUUUUAAUGGUAAUAAAUGUAAUGGUAUUUGACUAUUA